GGAAGUCGAACGGCAUGCCAUUUCCGGUAACGCCAUAACCGUUCAUUGGUGGUAUAACUAAGAUCACCGCUGUUCUGGUCAAGAAGGCCAAAUAGCGCAAGCGUCAUGUUGCGACUGCCGACCGUGGGCCGAGCUCUGGCCGGAGCCGCCAAGGGCAGCCUUGCUCCUUCCACUCCAGUGCGCGUUCCCGUGCGUGCCGCCAGCAACAUGGUGGAGGUGUUUGUGGAUGGGAAGCCAGUGGAGGUGGAACCUGGUACUACCGUGUUACAGGCUUGUGAGAAGGUAGGAGUUCAGAUCCCCAGGUUCUGUUACCACGAGCGCCUCUCUGUGGCCGGAAACUGCCGCAUGUGUCUGGUGGAGAUUGAGAAAGCUCCAAAGCCGGUAGCAGCCUGCGCCAUGCCUGUCAUGAAAGGCUGGAACAUCCUCACCAACUCAGAGAAGACGCGCAAAGCCAGAGAGGGAGUGAUGGAGUUCUUGUUGGCCAACCACCCUCUAGACUGCCCGAUUUGUGAUCAGGGAGGAGAGUGUGACCUGCAGGACCAGUCCAUGCAGUUCGGUUCGGACCGCAGCCGCUUCACAGAAGGAAAGAGAGCAGUGGAGGACAAAAACAUCGGGCCUCUCAUCAAAACCAUCAUGACCCGCUGCAUCCAGUGCACGCGCUGUGUCCGCUUCGCCAGCGAGAUCGCAGGAGUUGAAGACCUGGGAACGACCGGCAGGGGAAACAACCUGCAGAUCGGCACCUACGUGGAGAAGAUGUUCAUGUCGGAGAUGUCGGGGAACGUCAUCGACGUGUGUCCCGUCGGAGCGCUCACCUCCAAACCCUACGCUUUCACCGCGCGACCUUGGGAGACCAGGAAAACCGAGUCCAUCGACGUGUUGGACGCCGUGGGCAGCAACAUCGUGGUGAGCACACGAGGAGGGGAGGUGAUGAGGGUGAUGCCCAGGCUGAACGAAGACGUCAACGAAGAGUGGAUCUCCGAUAAAACCAGGUUUGCGUACGAUGGCCUGAAGAGGCAACGUUUGACUCAGCCAAUGGUGAAAGAUAAUUCGGGUCAGCUGACGGUAACCACCUGGGAGGACGCUCUCACUCGUGUUGCUGGAGCGCUUCAGAGUGUGCAGGGUAACGAGGUAGCGGCCAUAGCGGGAGGAAUGGUCGACGCCGAAGCUCUGGUCUCGCUCAAAGAUCUCCUCAACAGAGUCAACUCAGAAAACCUGUGCACCGAGGAGCUCUUCCCUAUGGCAGGAGCAGGCACUGACCUGCGCUCCAACUACCUUCUCAACUCCCGCAUUGCCGGCAUCGAGGAGUGUGACCUGCUGCUGCUCAUAGGAACGAACCCUCGUUACGAAGCCCCGCUGUUCAACGCCAGAAUCCGCAAGAGCUGGCUCCAUAACGAGCUGCAGGUCGCCGUGGUGGGUCACAACGUUGACCUGAAUUACACGUACGACCACCUCGGAGAGGAGACCGCAGUGCUGAAGGAGCUGGCUAAUGGCACACACCCAUUCUGCCAGGUCCUCGCGUCUGCCAAGCGUCCAGUGGUGGUUGUGGGCAGCAGCGCCCUGCAGAGGGAGGACGGGGCCGCCAUCUUCAGCGCCGCCUCCACCAUCGCUCAGAACGCCCGGACCAGCAGCGGCGUGGAGGAGGGCUGGAAAGUUCUCAACGUUCUCCACCGAGUUGCCAGUCAGGUGGCCGCACUGGAUCUGGGCUACAAGCCCGGCGUGGAGGCCAUCAGGAAGAAUCCGCCCAAAGUCCUGUUCCUGCUGGGAGCCGAUGCCGGCUGCAUCACCAGAGCCGACCUGCCUAAAGACAGCCUCGUCAUCUACCAGGGUCACCAUGGUGACGUAGGAGCACCCAUGGCAGACAUCAUCCUCCCCGGGGCCGCGUACACGGAGAAAAACGGCACCUAUGUCAACACUGAAGGCAGGAGCCAGCACACCAAGAUCGCCGUCACCGCUCCUGGAGUAGCCAGAGAGGACUGGAAGAUCAUCAGAGCCGUAUCCGAACUGGCUGGUGUGACGCUGCCCUACGACUCUCUGGAGGAGGUCAGAUCCAGGCUAGCGGAGGUCUCUCCUAACUUGGUGCGUUACGACGAUGUAGAGGAGGCAAACUACUUCAAACAGGCCAAUGAACUCGCGAAGGCGGUGAAUCAGGAUCUCAUAGCAGCUCCUCUGGUGCCUCCUCAGCUCACAGCGAAGGACUUCUACAUGACAGACCCCAUCAGCAGGGCUUCACAGACGAUGGCCAAGUGCGUCAAAGCCAUUACAGAAGGAGCCGCCGCCGUGGACGAGCCCUCCGUUUGCUGAACGCCUCCCAGCAGUCCGCACACAUGACAAUAUCUCUCCUCCUGUUCUGAAACGACACACUCUUCUCUGAACAAACACGGUGUUUAAUUUAAACUUGUCCUUGAUGCUUGUUGUAUACAGUUGAAUCGUUUUCCCUCCCGAGAACGAGCUUUGUUGAAUAAAGCCCAGAAGCGUAUAUGAAUAAACUCUUACAAACGAA